AUGGGAUUGCUCCGCAAGACUUCAAAGCAGACAGCAAAACUCAAGUCCCUUCUCGAGCUCGCUGUCACCCGGAUCGCUGUCGCCCGCCGGCCUCGCGUUGCUCGCAAGUCCAUCGCCUCCAGCGAUGUCAGCCAGCUCCUUGCCCUUGGCCACCUCGACCGUGCUCUCAGCCGCACAGAGCAGGUUAUCCAGGAAGACAACAUGUUGGAGGCGUUCGGCAUCAUAGAGCUCUACUGCAAUCGGCUCAUCGAGCAAGCUGCGCAGUUGGACAAGCCACAGGAGUGCAAUGAGGAGUUAAGGGAAGCGGCAGCCAGCAUCAUGUUUGCUGCCAGCUGGUGCGGCGACCUGCCGGAGCUGCUGUUUGCCCGUACCAUCCUUGCUGACAAGUUCGGCAAUGACUUUGCUGUGGCAGCCAAGGAGGGCACCGACAUCGUCGAUCCCAUCCUGGUGUGGAAGUUGUCCGGAAACACAACGAACAUGGAACUGAAGAAGAAAGUGACCAAAGAGAUUGCGGCAGAGAACAAUAUCUUGGUGGACUUCUCUGGGAUCCCAGAAGAAACAGAGGAUAUCUUGGUGGACUUCUCUGAGCUUCAGGAAGUAACUGAUGAUGGCAAUAGCAACGUUCAGGAGCUCAUCGAUGAAAUGUCCUGCCAGGACGACAUGGAUGGAAGUUCAGAGUUAGAAGACGACCAUCAACACUCACAUAGAACAAAUACCUCCGGUCUGGAGAGCGACGAGAAUGUACAAGUCAUUACCAACUCUGAUGGAUCAGAUGAUGAGAUCAAAGGCCAGCGGAGCCGAAAAUGGUGGCACCUUGGGUGCACAUAAAAGGAUAAUAUUUCUCUGCAUCCGGCCAAAUAUGUAGUGAUCUGGGUGGGGCAAUGCCAUAUGCGCAUCCCAAAACCACCAAACUGUGAAUAGUGUGCUAAGGAUAUACUUUCGAACUAUGUAACAGUAUGUCAAUAUUAAACUAGUUCAACUGUAUCAUCUAAAAAAUAGAUCACAUGGGCAAAACCUGGUUGCUAAUGCUACAACAAAA